GAAGCAAGCCUCCAUGUGCAUGAGCGUAAAUGUUGUGGAACUCGUUGAUAUCCACCUUGCUUGCAUGCUUGGGGUUUGAGGGAGUGAGAGCAGCCAACACNUGGGCAGCAGCCAACACCGACCCAACAACAGAGUCAUCACUAUCCUCAUACUCAAGACGAUAGGCGGUCGCAACAAGCAUCCCAUUGACGUUCUGGAACACAACAUUUCCACGGAAGGCAGUCAACACUUUGUCGGGCCCACCAAGGCGGUUCCAGGAGCCGUCAAACUCUGCGCUAGGAGAGAAGAGGUUGUAC